AAAAAAAUAAAUAUAGAGAAAAAUUGUGGUUAAUACAACUUGAAAUAGCUAAAGCAAAAAACCCACUAAUUAAUAAUCAAAAUGCUUCAGUUUUGGAUCCAAUUUCAAAUGAUACUAUGACAAGAUAG